AAGGGCCCCACCCUCUUACGUCACCUCCUCUCCGAAAUUAAACGCCAUCUUUCUCUCUCUCUCUCUCUCUUGAUUGUUUCCCUUUUCUCCUUCCGCUCUCUGCACUUUGCCCUCUCCACGGAACUUCUCUUCCCUCGUUUUCUCUUUCUAGAAGCCUCUCUCUCUCUCUCUCCAUCCAUUCUCAGAAAGGAGGGUGGAGGGGAGGCGUUGCAGAGGGGAGGCCGAAAGGUGGUCGCGUGGGGCCGCCCCUCUGUUUUUUUUUUUUUUUCAUGCGAGACUCGAUUCCCUGACCCUCUCGUUUCCGUCCAUGGAGUCGGAGAAGCAAGACGAUGAAGAAGGGGCCCGAGGGCGCGUGAGGCUGCCGCCCGUCGAUGCUCUCCCCGCCGGCGCCGGUCCUGGGGAGGGAUCGUCGUCAGCGUCGCUGGUCGUCCUCCCGAAGGCGGAACCACCGGAAGCGGCCGAGGAAAAGCCGGCGUCCGUUACGGUGAGGCGCGGGACGCAAAGGCGGGGGUCCACGAAGGACCGCCACACCAAGGUGGAGGGGAGGGGCCGGAGGGUGCGGAUGCCCGCCACCUGCGCUGCCAGAAUCUUCCAGCUAACCAGAGAGCUCGGCCACCGCUCCGACGGCGAGACAAUCAAGUGGCUUCUCGACCAGGCGGAGCCCGCCAUCAUCGCCGCGACGGGCACCGGCACCAUACCGGCCAUCGCCGUCUCGGUCGAUGGGACCCUCCGGAUCCCCACCGACCACCCUUCCACUUCUUCCUCCGGCGCCAGCGGCGCGGACCGGAAGCGACGGAGGAAGCCGGACACCGCCUCCACCACCGCAGCCACCACCAUCGCCUCGGAGCCCCCGUCCAUGAUGGUCCCGUUGUCGACGUCGAUGAUGUCUCACAGCAUCUGUGGGCCCAUAUGGGCGGUGGGCGGCGAGGGCGUCGUGCCCAACGCCGUGGCGGGAGCCAUCUGGAUGGUCCCAGUCGGCGCCCAGGCCGGAUUGUCCCCGGCGGCGCCACAGUGGGCCUACCCGUCACAGCACCACCAGCAGCAGCCCCAUCUCAUCAACAUAGGCGCGCGGCCAAUUUCCGCUAUGUUCUCCGCCUCCGGCCUGGUAGUUCCCGCGGGCUUCGGCCUGGCCCCACCGUCAUCUUCCGCCACGGCGUCUCCUCCCCCGGUUGCUUCCUCGGAGAACGACCCUCCCGCCGGCGAGCCGCUGCACCAGUUCAUGGGAGCCGAGACGGACGAGGGGAGCCGCGAGAGCCCCGCAGGAGGAGGAGGAGGCAAGUGACUGGUCUCACGUGCGCACGGCACGUGUCUCAAGUGUGGGGCCGAGUCAAACCACGACGGAAGGCAGGGUCGGUCUGUGGGGCCCGCUUUUUGCGUGGCAGGUCCGGCAGAGUGGGGCCCGCGGGAAAGCGGGCGCCCGGCACGAGUCCUGGGGCCCCCCCCCCUCGACGAUGGUCCCCACCUCAUCGAAAAGCAAAGCUCGUGGGUUGGCCCCUGAGGCUGGGGCCCACCUCCUCAGCCUGGCUCGCAGUCGCAGCGGGCGAUGGAGCGUGACGUGUCUUCCUGUUGGGGCCCGCGCCUCAUCGUUUGGCCGAGGCCCGAAGCUCCUGACAUGCUCUCCUCCUCCCUUUCUUUCCACUGUUGAAGGUGAUUGCAAUUUGUGCAUAGCGACUGACGAUUCUCUUUGUGUCUUCCUUACUUAUUAUCGUCCUGAAAAAUGUUUGCUAUUGACUAUUGCUGAUCCAAUUGUUCAUUGGGCUUUCAAGUUGCUCUUCUUUUUCUCCAUUUACUUCUUAUUCAUGGCCGAUUAACAUAGAUGCAUGGCCUCGAGCAAGCUCCUCUCAACUUGGCUAUGGCUAUGGUUUUCUCGAGUAGAAUACUGAAAAAAAAAAAAAAGUUGGCCAUUGAUC